AUGCCCGAGGUCACCAACUUCCAGCCGGCCGAAAAGGACGGCAGCACAAACACGAGCAGCGACGGCAGCAACGCCGGCAACGUCCACUCCCAUCACCACCAUGACUACUCCCGCAUGACCUCCGGCUUGGCCCAGGCCGACGCCGGCACCCUUCACCCGGGUGUCUGGAGGCCGUACGAGCACCGCAAGCUCGCGAACCCGGCGCCCCUGGGCCUCUGCGCCUUCGCCCUCACCACCUUUGUCCUCUCCGCCGUCAACAUGCACGCCCGGGGCGUCUCGGCACCCAACAUCGCCGUGCCCCUGGCCUUUGCCUACGGCGGUCUCGCCCAGCUGCUCGCCGGCAUGUGGGAAAUGCUCUGCGGCAACACCUUUGGCGCCACCGCCUUCACGUCCUAUGGCUCCUUCUGGAUCGCCUACGGCAUCCUCCUCACCCCGAGCUGGGGCAUCACCGCCCCCGACGGACCGUACGAGGGAAACGUCUCCAGCGUCCUCGGCUUCUUCCUCAUGGGAUGGUUCAUCUUCACCACCCUCCUGCUGCUCUGCACCCUUCGCUCCACCGUGACCUUCUUCCUGCUCUUCCUGACUCUCGACCUCGCCUUCCUCUUCCUCGCCUGCGAGCAGUUCGCCAAUGACAUGGGCAACAAGGAGGCUGGCCUCGCCCUCCAGAAGACCGGCGGCCUCUUCGGUUUCCUCGCCGCCUUCCUAGCCUGGUACAAUGCCCUCGCCGGCAUCCAAGACAGCAGCAACUCUUUCUUCCAGGUCCCCGUCCUCCACUUCCCCUGGUCCGACAAGGGCAUGGAGCGCCGCAGCUUGAAGAACGAGCGCACGCAGGUAUGA